CAUCAUACGUCGAGGGUCGACUUUGGUAGACAGUUGUGGAUAGAGUUGAAACAAAGCGGGCUUCAUGAUGCAGGUUUGCCGAGCCAAUGAUGAUGGCCUCGGUGGCCGAGGCAAACACAUGUGCGGCGGAAGUUCCAUAUUUCUGACGGCUCACGAGGUCAAGUGCAAGUGUUGGCCGAGGGAAGCGAAUAUUUUGACCUGAUCGACGGUGAACUUCAUCUACUUCUGCAGAUCAUUUUCCCUUCCUUCUUGUUCUACAUCCGUCAAUUGACAUAUUCACGCCUCAAUCAUGUCUGCUCAGUCUCGUCUCAACCAGGUCACAUCCCACCUCAAGAGCUCCGGCCGCCCUGGCCUGCUCGAGAAGAACCCCGACGACAUUGUCGUCACCGCCGCUCUUCGAACUCCCUUCACCAAGGGCGGCAAGGGUGGUUUCAAGGACACUGCCGGCGCCGAUCUCCUCCACGGCGCCUUUGUCAACCUCAUCAAGCGCUCCGGCAUCGACCCCAAGCUCGUCGAGGAUAUCUCUGUCGGCUGUGUCCUCGCCCCAGGCGGCGGUGCCACCGAGUUCCGUGCCGCCGCUUUGGCCGCCGGCUUCCCAGAGAGCACUGCUGUCAAGAGCUUGAACCGACAAUGUAGCUCAGGUCUUCAGGCCUGUGUGGAGAUUGCCAACGCCAUCAAGGCCGGCAUGAUCGAGGUCGGUAUUGGUGCCGGUGUUGAGAGCAUGAGCACGCAAUAUGGUCCGGAUGCCGUCACCGAGUUCUCCGAGCUGCUCGAGAACCACAAGAGCGCUGCUGAAUGCAAGGUUCCCAUGGGUCGCCUCAGCGAGGACAUGGCUAAGGACUACAAGAUUGCCCGCAAGGACCAGGACGAGUUCGCCGCCAACAGCUACAAGAAGGCUAUCCAGGCGCAAAAGGCUGGUCUCUUUGACCAGGAGAUCGUUCCUCUGACCGUGAAGUGGACCGACCCCAAGACCGAGGAGGAGAAGGAGAUCACCGUCUCCAAGGACGAUGGCCUUCGGGAGGUCACUGCUGAGUCGCUCGGCAAGAUUCGCCCUGCCUUCGCCGAGGACGGUUCCAUCCACGCUGGUAACGCCUCGCAGAUCUCCGACGGUGCCGCUGCCGUACUGCUCAUGAAGCGCAGCACUGCUGAGCGCCUCGGCCAGAAGAUCCUCGGAAAGUACGUUGCUGCUUCCAUUGUCGGUGUCGCACCGCUUCUCAUGGGUAUCGGUCCAUGGAAGGCCAUCCCUGUCGCCCUUGAGAAGGCCGGCAUCACCAAGGACGACGUCGACAUCUUCGAGAUCAACGAGGCCUUUGCUUCGCAAUGCUUGUGGUGCGCCAACGAGCUCAAGAUCCCCAUGGAGAAGAUCAACCCCAAGGGUGGUGCCAUUGCCUUCGGCCACCCUCUCGGAUGCACUGGUGCCCGACAGGUCAGCACCCUGCUUUACGAGCUCAAGCGAACCAACAAGCAGGUCGGUCUGACCUCCAUGUGUGUUGGUACUGGUAUGGGCAUGGCCGCUGUCUGGGUUGCGGAAUAAGCGUGUAAAUGGAGGAUUUUGUCGACGAUGAGUUAAUGUGCAGCGCUUUCGCUUCUACAGUGACAAUGACUGCACGAUCCAGAUCGGAUGUGAAACGAGUGUUGGGAGUGAUUCAGAAAUACCAUAGAGGGUCCUUUUGCCGCAUUGUGUACAACGAAAUAACGCCAUUGCUAUGAUUUACCAUUUACUCCAAAUCCUCACAUAUCUAUCUACAUUCGUGAAUUUCGUUUGACAGCAUGAGCAAGGCUUUGGACCGAGGAUGAAAGGUGAGAUUCACCCUCUCGGAUCUGCACAGAGGAUCUGCUUCAUUGCCUGGAUCUCCGAUGGAUCGGCAUGCUCCC